CUCAACAUAGCAAAAACAUUUCACCCUCCAAAAACAAUUUUGAAAUAGAAAGGAGAAGAUGUCUCGCCGUUCGACUUCUAUAUUGGCCAGUGGCAAGGAGUCUAUUAGGGACAAAGAUGACAAGAAUCGUCUGGCCCAACUGGAUGCCAUUAUCAAUCAGUUGAAGACCCAGAAUCUGGGUAACCGGAGAGCUGGUAACCUGACAGAUGCCACUAUAGCCUUUAUAUGCAGCUCGUGCCGUGAGCUGUUCCUAUCCCAACCAAUGCUCCUGGAACUGAGUGCUCCGGUGAAGAUUUGUGGGGAUCUGCAUGGUCAGUUCAAGGAUCUCUUGAGGAUAUUUCAGCAGUGUGGUAUCCCACCCGCAUCCAAUUACCUAUUCCUUGGAGAUUACGUGGAUCGUGGUCAGUGCUCUUUGGAAACCCUGACCCUGCUGUUGACCUACAAACUUCGUUAUCCGGAGACCUUCUUUUUGCUGCGUGGUAACCACGAAUCGGCGGAUGUUAAUCGGGUUUAUGGAUUCUUCGACGAGUGCAAACGGCGUUAUAAUGUGAAAGUAUGGCGUUGCUUUGUGGAUUGCUAUGACUGCAUGCCGGUGGCUGCCAUUAUAGCGGAUCGUAUUUUCUGUGUCCACGGCGGAUUGAGUCCGGAUCUUAAGCAACUGGAUGAUAUCCGGCGACUGCAUCGACCCACCGAUGUGCCUAGUGAUGGACUGCUGUGUGAUUUGCUCUGGUCGGAUCCGGAGGAGACAACCGGAACCUGGGCGGCCAAUGAUAGGGGUGUCAGCUAUACCUUCGGCCCUAGCAUAGUGGAGAGCUUCCUGCUCCAGUACAAAUUCAACUUGAUUGUACGCGCCCAUCAGGUUGUGGAGGAUGGCUAUGAGUUCUUUGCCGAUCGCCAGCUGGUAACCAUCUUCUCGGCUCCCAAUUAUUGUAAUAUCUUUGAUAACAGUGGCGCUGUUCUGGUGGUGGACCCCAAUCUGGUCUGCCACUUUGUCAUCAUCCGCCCAAGGCCUGCGAUGCGGCCAACUGGCUUUGAGUCGGACAGUGGUUCUACGAAUGUCACAGGACCACCGGCUUUGAGCAGAGAGAAGAAGUUGUUGUAGAGGUUCUAACUUGAGGUAUUUUGGAAUAAGGGAUAGAAAUUAUUAUGCAAUAAUACUACCAAAAUAUGUAACUGUUUUUGCUCUGAAUAAAUAUGGAAAAAGAAUA